AUGACCGGAACCAAGCGCAAUUCCCUCCCUCACGGUGUCUACGUCCCCACCGUAGCAUUCUUCAAGCCCGACGAGGAAGUCGAUCUCGCAACAGUCGAGAAGCACGCCGCCUAUCUCGCCCGCAGCGGGGUAACCGGCCUAGUAACCCAGGGUAGCAAUGGCGAAGCCGUCCACCUAGAUCGUGAAGAGCGCAAGGCCAUCACAGCCGCCACACGCCGCGCCGUGGACGCAGCCGGCUACGGCAACAUGCCGGUGAUUGCCGGCUGUGGCGCCGCCUCAACCCGCGAGACCAUCCAAUUAUGCCAGGACUCCGGUGCAGCAGGCGCCGACGCCGUCCUCGUGCUCCCACCCAGCUACUACAAGUCCCUCGUGAGCACCGAGUCCAUGCACGCCCACUUCCGGGCUGUGGCCGAUGCCUCGCCCGUCCCUGUUCUCAUCUACAACUUCCCCGGCGUGCAGUCCGGCCUCGAUCUCAGUUCAGAUGAUAUCCUGACUCUCGCCGAACACCCCAAUAUCAUCGGGUGCAAGCUCACGUGCGGUAACACGGGUAAGUUGGCUCGUGUUGCGGCGGCGAAGCCGGAUUUCUUGACUUUUGGUGGCUCGGCCGAUUUCACGCUGCAGACGCUGGUUGUUGGUGGGGCGGGGAUUAUUGGUGGCGUGGCUAAUAUGAUUCCUCGCUCGUGUGUCCGUCUGAUGGAGUUGUAUCGUGCUGGGAAGGUUCAGGAGGCGCAGAAGGUGCAGGCUAUUGUUGCGCGUGCUGACUGGGCUGCUAUUCAUGGUGGCUUUAUUGCUGUUAAGACUGGCCUCCAAGCCUACCACGGUUACGGUGGUCUUCCUCGGCGGCCUUGUGUCGUGCCUUCUGCUAAGGAUGCGGCAGCCAUCCAGGCGGAGUUCCGGGAGGGAAUGGAGUUGGAGAAGUCGUUGGAGUCCUAA